CAAAAUAUGUAACGCAUUUCGAUAUCUCCGCUAAUGUUUGUUUUCCCUCGCCCAUUCUCUUCUCCAUCACUAUUCGUUCCACUCAACUCAACACAAGGAACCCAGCUCAGCUAACCAUUCUAUUCAUCACCAACAACUCAUUUACCAAUCAACAAAAUACCCCUUUUGCUUUCUAUAUAAAACUUUUUAAUCAAUUCAAUGCUCUGAUCUGAACCCUAAUCAUUUUCUUACACAUUUCAAUUACCUAUGGCCACCGCAGCAUUCAAAUCUACCACCAAGAGAAUUGUUUCCUCCGUCGAAGACUCCACUCCCUUACCCUCUUCCUCCUCCCUCCACCACCGCCGCUCUCGGAGUCUCAGUCGACCCUCCCGUCCCCUCUCUUCACGCGAUAAUGACUCCGACCUUCCCGCUCCUAGAGGGAAAUUCGUCAACACCAUUAGAGGCUCUGGCUUCCCGGAGAUCAGUCUCGACGAUCUCGCUAUCGAGUUUUUUGAGUCCGGGAACCGCGGACGUCUUGACUCUAGAAGCUCUGAAUCGGAGUCUACUCCUGCCGGCGGGAGCUCGUCGUUGAGAAGAGGGAGGUCUGUUUCGAGGAGAAACUCGGGAGUUGGGGAUGAUAGAAGGAGCAGUAUUGGCAGCGGAGGAAGAACGGUCUCUGAUUCGAAUUCUAGAAGAAGGAGAUCACUUUCGGUGGUUAGGUGCCAAAUUAGUGAUUCUGAGAGUGACUUGGAUCGUUCUCAAAAUUCUAAAAGUCGGGCAAAUCUAAUAAAUAAUGAUAUUGGGAACAAGCUAAUGCACAAUCCAGCUGCUUUGGAUCAAAGACAAGUGUUGAGAAAGUCCCUUAAUCACAAGGAUUUGAGAUCAUAUGAUGGCUACUCUAGUCAUUCUUCAGUUCUAACUGACGAUGAAGGAGCAGGUGCUUACUUAAAAAAAAGUGGAAGUGAGAAACUGCGAGCAGUUCAUGUGCAGAAGAAGGUUGGACUCACUGACAUGGCUAAUGGAUUGCACAAAGCAGUGCGGAAAGAAUUGAGGCAAAUGGAAACGGAUCUAGCGGCGGUGAAAUCAAGGGCCUCCACUUUAUCCCCAGGUGGUCGGUUGCUGUCUGAUAAUUCUAAUGCUAUUCAGAGUGUUUCUUCAGUCAGACGGAGCUAUGAAUCUGAAUUGGAACAGUCAGAGAAACGAAAACAAGAUUUAUUAGCUGAAAUUGUAUUUGAGGAGCAGCGAGGCAGAGAACUUUCUAAGAUGGUUAAAGAAUUGAUUCCUGCUACAAAGACCAAUUCUAUACCAGAACCUCCAAGAGGCAGGAAGAAAAGUCAUGACAGAAAUAGAAUGUCUAUGCGAUUGACUGAGGAGGCUGAGAGAUAUAUUGAGGAUUUUAUUUCAAAUGUUGAAGAUACAGAUAUUUCGUCACUUGAUGGAGAAAGGAGUGACACAAGCUCAUCGAUUGGAGGACUGAUAAAACCAGAAACAUUUACUAGUCCACCAAUGCCUAGACCUCUUCCUGUUUUGAUGGAUGGGAUUACAUUACCAUGGUUGCAAUGGGAGACAAACAAUAGCCCUUCUUCUCCUAUGACAAACCAGAAUAAGACACUUUUGACAUCGACUCCGAAUAGUGCAACUGGAAGUUCCACUCAGGAAAAAUUUAAAGAUCAAAGUAACCAUUCUAUCAGCAGUAGUGGAAGCUGGAGUCCUGAUUACCUUCAGGAGUAUGUCGGAAAGGAUGUAUUUAGUAAACUUGGAAAAGUUUAUAGUAAUCAAGAUCAGUCAUUAUUAGCUAAAUCAAAAGGAUUGAAAUAUGAUAUAGAUGAGUAUCUGAAAGUUAAAAGCAGUGAAGAUUUUCUGACUGAGAGAUGGAAGCAACAACAAAGAAUCAAUUCAGGUUGUCUCCUAUUAUGUCACAUAAGACUGUUUUAGUGUACAUAUAGCUACAAUUAAUCUUGCUAUGUCAUCAUGUAUUUGAAGGCAAGCAUGUUGAUAAAAACGACAAGCAUCAAAUGUGCAAGCUUUCUCAUUUAGGUUCAAUAUGUCGGAUUUUUAAAUUGCCUGCAAUAGUUGAUAUCUGUGUAGAUAAACACUAUUUCUACAAAACCUUGAGUUGUGUACACGGAAUAGUUAUGUAGCUAGUUUUUUAUUUUAAAGUAAGUUAUGUAGCUAGUUAAGAACUUACGUUCAGCAAAAAACAAAUAGAAUUGAACUUUUUUCCUCGUA